AAUAUAUUGGCCACCAUGGCUUCCGCAGAGCGAACUCAGUACCGCCAACAAGGCAGCAACCUUAGGCAGAAACGGAGGCAGGUGGCUAGAGCUUGUGAUGGAUGUCGAACACAUCGUAUCAAAUGUGACGACAGCUUUCCUUGCUCCAACUGCAAGGCCAGGGGACAAAAAUGCACCAAUCUCUCAACAAACCAGCGCCCUACAUCUUCUGCGGCGAAUCGAGAAAUCAGCCGUUUGGAACAGAGAGUCCAGGAGUUAGAAGCCGAGGUGGAACGGGAACGCCAAAAAUCGGCGAAUUUGUCUCGUAAACAAAUUGCGCGGCCACUUUCGAAUCCUCCACCACCCCCUUACCAGCAAAGAACAAUUCAUGGAUAUUCUGCUUCGAAAAACGGACGUUGGGACGGCAUUCAUAUCCGCCCAGCACGAUCCCCAAAUGGUGCGUGGUUUGGGGCAUCGUCACUCUACCACUUUAUCCAUCGGCUGUCCUUACACCUGACUUCCACUGCCAAGGGAAGUCUUGUGGUAGAUAAUAUGAUCCCUACAUCAGAAGGUAGGACAGACCUACUUAACAGAUCAGCCUCUGAGCGCGAAAAUCAAACCAACCUAAGUUCAUUUGACGGAGAAGAUACCAGCUCUACAGCGACAUUCUUAAACCCGGCACAAGAAGGUUACUUUAUUAGCCUUUUCUGGGAAGGCUAUCAUGCCUGUUUCUUUCCUAUCAUAAAUGAAGCUGAUUUCAAGGAGCAUUAUCAAUCUCUUUGGAAAACGGCCGGAACUGCACGGAAAUCGUCGGCACUCGCUGAUAUGAUCAUCGCUACGUGCAUGCAAUAUGGCUUGUCAAUCCUUCCUAGCGAACAACAGGGAGCCGUGGGGGAAAAUAUCGACGCGACUAUGGCUGGCAGGUGGUAUUAUCAGCGUAGUCAGGCACUGCUCGCUUUCGAAUCAGACAGUCCGACCAUUACGACAAUGCAAUGCCACAUGUUAUGUGCUGUUUACUUAUGUGGGGCGUCUUUUCAUAAUAUGACAGACAAUUCUAUCGCUCUUGCCGUGCGAGCCGCUUAUAUGCUUGGUCUCCAUCUAGACUCGCCCCAGGGCGGCAUUUCUGAGCAAGAAAAUCAGCUCCGAAAGCGCUUGUGGUGGGCUGUAUACGCUUUGGAUGCUAGACUUGGUAUGAAGCUUGGUCGGCCUUUCUUGAUACCUAAUUCUCAGUCUAUGCCGGACCUGCCUAGAGAUGAUUUUGAAGCAUCCACACUCUCUGGGUCUAUGUUUGCACCCAUUGGAGAGAGCACUACCUGGCUGAGCUUCAAUCUUCAAAUGACAAAGCUCUACAUUCUUUUCCGAGCCGCCCAUGAAGCAUUUUAUGAUAGUGAUUUUGACCUAAAUUUCGGUAAAACUAUAUGGGAUGACCCUCGAAAUCUCGAGGCGAGCGCAGAUAUUCUAACUACACACACCAAAGGUCUUCAGGAAUGGGUUGAUAAUGUCCCAAUUGCUCUUAAAACGAGCCGACAGCACCACAUCCCAGCUUUCUCCGUCGAUAUUUCGGGCCUGGAGAUCGAACAAUUCGCACCCCAGUGGCUUCAAAGACAACGCAUUGUUUUGGAGUCAACAUAUCACCAUCUUUGCAUUAACCUUUUUAGACCUUUUGUCUCUUUCAAUUCGAAACCAUGUCCUGGAGGCCUCGCUGAAUCAUACUCCACAAGGUGUGUCGGGCAUGCUAUUGCGUUGUCCAAAAUCACACAUCAAGUACUAUCAACCACAUCCAUUCUAAACGGUUGGCAUGAUGCGUUUCAAUAUCAGUGGAAUGCCGCCAUGACUCUUGUUGGUUUUGUCCUAGUGCAGCCCCAGGCGGCAUUGGCUUCGGAUGCUCGACAUGCAAUCGACCUCUCUGUUGCGAUCUUUGAUAUCUUCAAAGCCAAUUUUUCAAUCGCUGGCAACGCCUCUAAUAUUGUACGCAGCCUGUGCGCUAAACUCGAUCAUGUACAAAAGUCAAGGGAACGAAAGAUUGCGCCACUAAACUACAGCAUAGAUGCUGUGCAGCAAAUACCAUCUCAAGGUGACUACGCGUAUUCAGGCAAUGAGGCUUUCCAAAGAGAGGGCUUUCAAAUAGAUACAUCGGUCAGCAGAGAUCCGAUCCAAUUCGAUGACUUGGUUUAUGGGAUGGAUGGUGAUUUAUUUGACAUGGCUGUUGACAUAGACUUUUGGGCUAAUUUGGACGACUUGUUACUAGAGGUUAACUGAGUAUUUGAGGUUAAAUCUAUAUCUGUUCAGUGAGGUGCGUGCCGCAGGUUAUAAUAUUGAAUAUCAAC